UCGGGAUCUCGGAGGCCAUGGCAAUAAAUACCAAUAUCAAUUCUUACUGACCAGGUGGCGCGGAAUGCCGCCCGUUUCAAAGGCUUCAGCUUCAGCCGUGUUCAUUGAUCCACCGUACGUUUUGAAGGCAACAACAACCGCAUCGCGCGAAAGAGAAGUUUCACGUUCAAGGACUCACUCAACAAACAGCAUCUCAAGUGGUCCCGUGCGUCCCUCUUGAUCUUACGAGACUCCCUACGAACCUGACCUUGGGCCGCGAUUGGAAUGGAACCAAUUCAGUCCUCAAGUCGUGGUGAUGGAGCCACAUUGUUGGGGGAGACCAGCUGCCCACUGAAAGUCACCGAGGACAUCUGGUUCGGAUGCUGUUCCUGCACCUAUGUCACUAAAGAUCAGUGUGGAAUUGUGAGCCACCUGGCGGCCCAUGGUGAUGAACAAUCCAAGUGCCAGCAUCUUCCCAUUUCUGGCUCUAAGUCCCAAGUGCUUGGCAAAACUCAAAAGCACAAGAGUGAAAAACCAUUUAAGUGCAAGCUUUGCCCCCAAGAAUUUGCUUAUCAUUCCCUUCUGACCUGUCAUGAUCAAAUACACACUGGUGAAAAGCGAUUUAAGUGCAUGCAAUGCCCCAAAUCCUUUGCUCAGAAUAAAAAUCUGAUCUACCACAAUCGAACACACACAGGUGAAAAGCCAUUUAAGUGCAAGCUUUGCCCCGAAGAGUUUGCCAGUAAUUCCCUUCUCACCUACCAUAAUCAUCUGCACACUGGGGAAAAGCCUUUUAAGUGCACGCAAUGCCCCAAAGCCUUUGCUCUAAAUUGCCAUCUGCGAACCCAUAAUCGAACACACACUGGUGAAAAGCCAUUUAAGUGCAAGCAAUGCCCUCAAGCCUUUUCUCAAAAUUGUCAUCUGCAAACGCAUAAUCGAAGGCACACUGGUGAAAAGCCAUUUAAGUGCAAGCAGUGUCCCCAAGCCUUUGCUGAUAAUUCGGCUCUGAGAAGUCAUAAUCGAACGCAUACUGGUGAAAAGCCGUUCAAGUGCAAGCAGUGCCUCCAAGCCUUUGCUUCGAGUUCUAAUCUGCGAAGCCAUAAUCGAACACACACAGGUGAAAAGCCAUUUAAGUGCAAGCAGUGCCCACAAGCCUUUGCUCACGAGUCCACUCUGAGACAUCAUCAUCUAACACACUCUGGUGAAAAACCGUUUAAGUGCAAGCAGUGCCCCCAAGCUUUCGGUCGAAAUUCUCAUCUACAAAGCCAUAAUCAUUUACACACUGGUGAAAAGCCAUUUAAGUGCCAACAGUGCCCUCGAGCCUUUGCUUUUAAUUCCUAUCUGGAAAGCCAUAAUCUAACACACAGGUGAAAAGCCAUUUAAGUGUAAGCUGUGCCCACAGGUUUUUUCUCACAAUACCAGUCUGAUCCGCCAUUAUCGAAAACAGUGUUUAAAGGGAAACGAGUAAAUAUAUUCAGUCAACUUUUUUUUUUAAUUUUCAUUUAUCAUCUUGAAAUUUAGUAUACUGUAAAUUGAUGUAUUUCUUAGUGGUGAUUUUAAUUAUGCAACUAGUCUUAAAGAUAGUUUUACUAGAUCCUGACUUAUCAAUAAAUUUUAGUUUUAUUUAGGCCCUUGUUUUGGGUAGUUAGCGUAAAAUUCUUCAGAAUAUAUCAGAAAUUUUUAUAGAAUUGCAUUGACCAAGACAUGCUUUGUGGAGUGAUGCUAUUUUUGUUGCUUUAUAUGUCAUAAAAUAAUUUUAUUUAAUUAGCCUGUCUUAAUUAGUCACUAACGACCCGUAAAGAGGACCUAAUUAAAAUUACAUAUUUAUUGAUAACUCAGGAUCUGUCUGAAAACUAAUUGCACAUUUGAAAUCACCACUGAAAAAUACAUCUGUAUACUAAAUUUCAGCACGAUAAUGAAAAAUAAAACGUUAAAGGCCCUCGUUCCCUCUUGAAAACCUUACAAGGGCAAACAAUGCCCCAAAAGCUUUGCUCGGUAUGGGAGUUUAUCCGCCAGAACCAAAUGCACAUGUGCAUUUGCGGUUGACCCGUAAGUUGAGCCUGCACCGUGUGUAAUCAUUGAGUAGCUCAUACAAAACUUAAUGCCUUUUCACUCAAAGUACGCAUAUACCUGAGUGCAAGAUAGGUCCCAAGGCCCUUGCCCAGCUUAAUAGUGAAGCUCACCGCACUGAAGCGCUUAUGCGCAAUAAACCUCACAAACUCCAGCAGCGUUCCAGGCCAUUUUCUGAUCGGUUUUGCCUCAUCGGGCACAAGCUAACAAACCCUAAGGGCAUUUGCAUAAAGCCUGCAGCGGGUAGGCCUUUCAAAUGCCAGCAAUAUCCGAGAAGCUUGGAUCAUAAUUCCAGCUUGGUUGGCCAUACAGCCAGACUGUUUGUCAUUGCUCUCCCUCCUUUUGUCCGAAGGCCAUCAUUUGUCAUCACACAAAUGUAUUGGUGCUUAGGAAAUGAUUCUUCUCCAUUUGUGAUCUAGAGGCUGGGUCAAUAAACAGGAGACAUUUCUUAAUGCAUUUCAGAGCAUCUACUCUGUGUUCUGCACCAAAUGUGCACUGGGUCAUGCUCUAGCUCUUGUUCCAAACUCCCUUGAACUUGCUCGAUGUAUGCUUAUUGAGGCGAGGUUGAAUAUGCUUGUAAAAAUGUCUUCAUUGUUUUCUUUUGAUUCUACUCUUAUCUAUGUGGAAGGAAGAUAUAAUCGUGCCAAAAGUUAAUAUAUGACCACAAUUCAAUCUUGACUAUUGAAAAACAAAAAGGUUGGCAGUUUCAACUUUAACACUCUUGUUUCUUUCAGCUGCUGCAGAUUAUGGUACUGAAGUGACAGCUGGUUCGCACACUUGUGCUUACGACCGUAGAAACCUGUUUUUAAGCCUCUUGUGAGGGUUUACAACUUUCUGCACUGCUGUGCAGCCGGUCGUAAGCAGUCGCAAGAGGCUUGAAAACCGGUCUUGUUUCAGUCGGUCGUAGUCAAGCGCAAGUGUGUGAAUGGGCCUUAAGUAGUAUGAAGUAACUUUUUCCAAGAUUUUCAUUUUGGCCUCCUGUACAGUGCUAAGACCUCAUUUUAGCAGUUACCUCGGUGGGGAACUAUAAUUGCCGAGUGUGCAUACACUGUACACUUCCUGCUACAGGUUGGGACGUUGCUAAUUGAAUCCCUUGCACUGCCCAGCAGGUUUUGCAAUAAAUUGGGGUUCCCAAACAUUUCAUAGAACGCCAUUUCAUCCAAGAAAAUGGCCGUUUCAUUGAACGCCGUUUCAUUAAAUCGCUGACAGCCGUUUCAUUGAAUGUAUCUUACAUAAAAAAUGGGAAAGAUGCUCUUUUAUGCACGGAUCGAGUGCAUUUUCGUGUCAUUUAUCCAUUUCAUUGUCAGGUUUUCUUAAUGUCCGAACAUGUAGCUGUUACAAUUUAUUUUGAUGCAAGUAACCCAGAGGAUAUGUGUACCGAUUUUUAAGUUUGUUUCGCAUAUUGUGCUUAUCUGUUCACCCCCUCUGUAUUACCCGAUGGGCCUUGAGGGUAUUGUAACAAAUAAAUAAAAAGUCGCACUCCCGGUAAGAGCGCACUCCAACUCAUGGAGGCCAGAAGGUGACUUGGGUUUUGCGCAGGCGCAACAACUUUAGCCAUGUGAGCCUCCUAGCCUCUCAUGUCUUUCUAUUGAUACUCUUUUACUGCCUGAAGCUUGCAGUAGCUAAAGCUGAGGUGCUAUUUAUGAAACUACAACGAAACAUUGUUUUUUUAGUUUCAAUACUCAAUGAAGUCAAAAGUAAGUACGUCACUUCAAAUUUUAUUUGAAAACUUUCGAGAGUUCAUGUGUUUGUGCGACAGCCAUUCACCGUUUCAAAUGAUGAGCAAUUGCUCUCAAGAAGUCUCCCACAGCCAUGCUCCGUCGGUUCUCAUCAAAAAGGCGGACUUUCUCAUUUCUUGCCGCUAUGACCUUCCUUUGGCGAAGAGGCUUUUGGGAAUUCAGCAUCGCCUCCAGCUUGUCUUCCGUCAGUUGAUGUUCUGCGGCAAUGCAAGUCAAAAACUUCCAGAACCCGGGAUGGGCACCUCCGACCAGCUUCAGGAAGCGGGAAUGCCACCCUGGCGUUCGAUAAGACGGUGUUCAAUAAAACGGCGUUCGAUGAAACGGUGUUCGAUGAAACGGCAUUCGAUGACACGGCAUUCGAUGAAGCGGCUUCAAUGAAACGGCUUCAAUGAAACGGCAAUGGACGAAACGGCGUUUGAUGAAAUGUCCGGUCCCAAUAAAUUGGCACUGUACCCAUUUUGGAUAGUGUAUUGCCCCAUCGGAGCUGCAUUGACGAAAGUUGUGGAAACUUUGGAACCGACUAACAUGCUCAUACUCGCUGCUUUUGCCUUCCCUCUUUGUAUUGGCAACUUCACAGUCAUGUAUUUAUACGACACCUGCUUUCAGAUAUUGCUUUCCUUUGUGUAAUGUGUUCCCAAUAUUUUCUCGCUCCGUGUCCAUUUUCCCGGCAGUUGUUUCCGUGUUGCCUGGCUGUCUGCAUCAGAAUUUUCGAACCGUAGGUGUCAUUGUUUGCUAAAAAGUUCCUUUUGCUUGUGUAACAUAGAAUAGUUUGUUUUUCUGCUUCUCCGAUGGCUAACAUUCUUACAUUUUUUUAAAAGAAUGAAAAGGGUUGGUGAAGCUAAAGCAUGGAACACCUGAGCAAUGAAACUGGGCGCCACUAAGCUCGUCACAGGCGCACCGCACGGCUUUAUCCGUAUCGACCAGAUCCAAGCUCCGCCGCCACGUUGUGGCGAGGCGACGUAGGGACACCAGCACCGGUUGCUAUGAUACUGCCGCUCGCCGUCCGUUCUCAUCGCUUAUGUGUCCCCUGCUUAAGUGUCAAUGAAUACCAGCUCGACCAUAAAUUUGCUUUCUUUACUAUAUCCUUUGAAUCAUUGCUCAAUCUGUGAAUAGUUUCGCAUUGUUUAAUUAAUUUGCAAGCACAUCUUUAUCGCGGCAAUUUUUUUUCUUUUUACUUUUACGUUGUUUGUCUUGAACGAAAUCUGCGGAUGAUAAAUAUGUAAUCAAACUUCCGUUUCACUCUUGCUCAGGAAUAAAGAUUGACAGUCGAGCUCC